AUGACAUGUCGAUUAACUCAACUUCGACAAUUGAUGAAAUCCAAAGAAUAUUUUCAUGAGAUUAUUCACGCGUACAUUGUUCCAACAACAGAUCCUCAUCGAAACGAAUAUGUUGCUGAUCGAUUUAAAAGAAGAGAAUUUAUUUCAAACUUUACAGGAUCAAAUGGUACAGCUGUAAUAACGCAAAAUGAAGCUCUUCUAUGGACUGAUGGAAGAUAUUUUGUCCAAGCAGAAAAAGAAUUAGAUUUCAAUUCAUGGAAAUUAAUGAAAGAAGGAACAAAAGAUGUUCUUUCCAUUUCCAAUUGGCUUUCACGAAAUUUAGAAAAGAAUUCGUUUAUUGGUUGUGAUCCACAAUUAAUUUCAAUCAAUGAAUGGGAAGAAUGGAAAAAAACAUUGGAACAAACUGAUAAACAUUUGAUUCCAAUUCAUGAAAAUCUUAUUGAUAUUUUAUGGAAUAAACAAAGACCAGAUUUACCAAAUAAUUCCAUUUGGAAAUAUGAAAUUCAAUUUGCUGGUUUAACUAUUACUGAAAAAUUAGAAAAAGUUCGUUCGAAAAUGAACGAAUAUCAAGUUAAUCAUCUUAUUGUUCAUCGAACAGAUGAUGUUGCUUGGUUAUUUAAUCUUCGUGGUGGAGAUAUUCCAUACAAUCCGGUCUUUUUAUCUUUUGCAAUCGUUUCAUUUGAUUAUGUUAAAUUAUUUGUUGAUUUGAAUAAAUUAUCUGACGAAUUAAAAGAAGAUUUACAAAAUGAAAACAUUCAUUUAUAUCCUUAUGAUUCAUUUUAUGAACAAUUAAAACAAGAUGUUCAAAAUCAAGAGAAAUCACAAAAAUUUUGUACUUCGUUAUUAUGUAAUCAUGCAGUAGAAACAAUCAUUCCCAAAAAUCAAUUGAUUCUUCAAGAUGAUAUCGUUUAUGAUUUAAAAUCAGUCAAAAAUCUUUGUGAAAUCCAAGGAAUGAAAUUAGCACAUAUCAAAGAUGGUGUAGCACUUUGUUCGUAUUUACAUUGGCUGGAAGAAAAUAUCGGAAAAAUUGAUAAUCUAACUGAAUGUUCAGGAGCGGAUAAAUUAAGAUCAUUUCGAAGUCAACAAAGUAAUUAUUUAUACGAUAGUUUCGAAACAAUAUCAGCUAUUGGAAAGAAUGGAGCAAUCAUUCAUUACAAACCAACGGAAGAAUCUGAUACAAAAAUUGAUUCCAAUCAGUUGUAUUUAGUUGAUUCCGGUGGACAAUACAAAGAAGGAACGACUGAUGUCACACGAACGAUUCAUUUGGGUGAACCAACACAAUUCGAAAAAGAAUGUUUUACACGCGUUUUAAAAGGAUUUAUUGGUUUAGCGGCAUGUUUAUUUCCUCCAAAUACAAUUGGUGCUCGAUUAGAUUCAUUUGCCCGUCGAGCCCUUUGGGAUGUUGGAUUAGAUUAUCGACAUGGAACUGGACAUGGUGUUGGAUGUUGUCUUAAUGUUCACGAAGGUCCACAAUCAAUUGGAACACGAAUUCGGUCGGACAAUUAUUUACUUCCAGGAAUGAUUCUCAGCGAUGAACCGGGAUUUUAUUGUGAAGAUAAAUUCGGAAUUCGAAUUGAAAAUUGUGUUCUUGUUGUGAAACAAAAAUCGAAAUAUGGAUUUUAUAAUGAUGAUUGGUUAACAUUUGAACAAUUAACAAUGGUUCCAAUUCAAAGAAAAUUAAUUGAACGAGAUUUAUUAACCGAAGAUGAAAUCAUUUAUAUCAAUAAAUAUCAUCAAAAUGUCUAUGAAAUUCUUUCCGAAGAAAUGAAAAAUCAACAUGUUGAACCAAGUUUAUUAGAGUGGCUUGAAAAAAAUACUCAGCCCAUAUAA